ACACUAUAUAUACAUAUGCUCAAAGUCUUACUAUAUUAAUCUUAGCAUAAUCUUCCUAAGUUUAAUCUUUGUAGCUAUAAUUCAUAGUAAAAUGAGGUCUAACAUUGAAGAUAUUCAAACUGCUCUACCACCUUUAUUGAAGUUAAUCUGCCUCACACUAAUAGGACUACUUCUUGCAAAUCCAAAAAUGCAAUUAAUUCCCAAAGCCACAUUUAAACUCCUAAGUAAACUUGUAUUUGCAUUAUUUUUACCUUGCCUUAUAUUUAGUGAACUUGGUUCAAGCAUAACUCUUGAGAAUUUUAAGGAAUGGUGGUUCAUACCAAUUAAUGUACUUCUUAGUACAUUUUUUGGAUGCUUGCUUGGAUUCAUAGUUGUAACUAUAUGUCAUCCACCUCAAAGGUUUAAUAGAUUCACAAUCAUAAUGACGGGAUUCGGAAACACCGGUAAUCUUCUCAUUGCUGUAGUCGGAUCUGUUUGUCAUACUCAAAAUAGCCCUUUUGGAAAACAAUGCAAUUCAAGAGGUGUUGCUUAUGUUUCAUUAUCUCAAUGGAUUUCUGUGAUUCUUGUUUACACUUUUGUUCAUCAUAUGAUGGAACCUCCUUUUGAGUAUUAUGAGGUUGUUGAAAAUGAAGGUGAAAUUAGUGAAGAACAAGAAGAAACAAUACUUAAUGAUAUUAGUAGACCAUUACUUGUAGAAGCCGAAUGGCCCGGAAUUGAAGAUAAAGAAACUCAACAUUCUAAGACACCGUUUAUUGCUAGAAUCUUUAAAAGCAUUUCCGGUAUUUCCUCAUCCACUAUUCCCGAUCCUAGUUUUGCAUCAGGAUCGGGAAUAAUGGACGAUGAAGAAAGUGAUGAAAAUAAUCUUAUGUCUAUUAGGUGUUUAGCUGAGCCUAGAGUUGUUAGAAGGAUAAGAAUUGUUGCUAAACAAACACCAAUUCAUCAUAUACUUCAACCACCAACAAUUGCAUCUUUGUUAGCUAUUAUAAUUGGAACAGUGCCUCAAUUAAAAACAUUUUUCUUUGGAGACAAUGCACCAAUGUCUUUUAUGACAGAUAGUUUAGAAAUUUUAGCUGGUGCAAUGGUUCCUUGUGUGAUGCUUAUAUUAGGGGGUAUGUUAGCAGAAGGACCAAAUGAAUCAACACUUGGAAUUAGAACUACUAUUGGGAUAAUUGUGGCAAGACUUGUGGUGCUUCCUAUUAUAGGAAUUGGAAUUGUUGUAUUGGCUGAUAAGAUGAAUUUUCUGGUUGAGAAUGAUGCUAUGUUUAGAUUUGUACUUUUGUUGCAGUAUACAACACCAAGUGCUAUUUUGUUAGGAGCAAUUGCUAGCUUGAGAGGUUAUGCAGUUAGUGAAGCUUCAGCAGUUCUAUUUUGGCAACAUGUGUUUGCUCUUUCCUCUCUUUCUAUGUAUAUUAUAAUUUACUUUAGAGUAAUUGAUUACCUUUAGAGUUGUUGUAUAUUUAGAAAUAUGAUUUUUCUAGCUUUGCAUAUGAUAUUGGUGCUGAUUAUGGAUGAAAAUGUCAUUGUUCAUAACUCAUAAGUCAUAAAUCCUAAACAUACUGUUCUUGAAAUAGUUUUCCCAUGUCAAUGAGAUUUAUCUCCUAAAAGUGAGUUCAUAUUUAUAGAACAAAUAGUUGUAUUA